UUCGUGAGUUAUUCAAUUUUUCUCUAGUGGCUGAGCAAAAUGGAGGCUUCACGGAGCGACGACCCAAAUCUGAACCCUAUACGCAAUCGGAAUCCGAAUCCAACUCCGGCUCCGAACCCAUUGUCGACAAUAAUCUCGUCGGCGCAGGUUUGGCCAACCAUCGACGGUCCGUUGGGGUUAACGGAGGAAGCAUCGGUGGAUUACGCUCGUCGAUUCUACAAGUUCGGUUUCGCUCUCUUGCCCUGGCUUUGGUUUGUCAAUUGCUUCUACUUCUGGCCUGUUCUCCGUCAUUCUCGGGCUUUCCCUCAAAUCCGCAAUUAUGUUGUCCGGUCAGCAAUUGGCUUCAGUGUCUUUACAGCUCUUCUUUCCGCGUGGGCAUUGACGUUCUCGAUAGGAGGAGAACAACUUUUUGGCCCUGUUUAUGAUAAGCUGGUUAUGUACAACGUUGCUGAUCGUCUCGGCUUGUCUGGCUUGGCUUAGCCCCCACAGCUUUGUCUCUCCCUCUUUGUUUAUCUUUGACAUAGUAGAAACUGGAAGAUCUCAUUGCCUUUACUUUUGCCUAUUCCGUUCUCAUGUAUUUCUGCACAAGCAUAAGUUGAGGAGAUCCUGCUGUGAAUAUAACCUGCUUGGAUAUUCAUUUAUCAAUGAAGUAAUUAGUUGUCAAGAGUUGUUUCGUUUCUCUUGUUGUAUCUGCCAAAAUGUUAUUUAGUUUGGUGCUCUGUUUCUAAACGUUGGAUUUUGGCAAACUUAAGAAGUGUGAAGAUAUGGAUGAGCUAUAUAUAUUAUAGACGUAUCUUAA